CUCGCGACUGCCUGGGGUUGGAUCAGGAGCGAGCGAGCUCCACUGGGCGAGGAGCAAGUGCGAGUUGGUCGACGCGGUGGUGAGUGUUGCGCAACGCCUGGUGUCGUCGUCAUGGUGUGACGCUGUGGGCUCUGCUGCGCGCCUUCAGACACGGGGGGCGGUCUCGUGUCCUGUGGCAACACGGCCGACAGACGCAGGUGGAAAAAAACUUCAGCAGUGAUGUAUGUGGCCUGGGCGAGAAGUGGAGCGAGGAGGCGGCCUCAGGGCUGAUGGCCAAACACCAACAUCCACCACCAACCACCACCACCCACCACCACCACCCACCACCACCACCAACCACCACCACCAACCACCACCCACCAGCACCACCAACCACCACCACCCACCAGCACCACCAACCACCACCACCCACCAGCACCACCAAGCACCACCACCAACACCACCAACCACCACCCACCACCCAUCACCCACCACCACCCACCACCACCAACCACCACCACCACCCACCACCACCACCAACCACCACCACCAACCACCACCACCAGCACCACCAACCAGCACUACCAACCACCACCACCACCAACCACCACCAACCACCACCACCAACCACCACCACCAGCACCACCAACCACCACUACCCACCAGCACUAGCACCCACCAAUACCAACCACCACAACCACCACAACCACCACUAGUCACCAGCUCCAUCACCAACCACCCACCCACACCACCAACCACUACCAACCACCACCACCAAUCAGCACCACCAGCACCAUCACCAACCACCACCACCAGCACCACCACCAACCACCAGCACCAACCACCACCACCCACCAGCACCACCAACCACCACCAGCACCACCAACCACCACCAGCACCACCAACCACCACCAGCACCAACCACCACCAACCACCACCCACCAACCAGCCCCACCAACCAUCACCAGCACCACCAACCAUCACCACCCACCACCACCAACCACCACCAGAACCACCACUAUCCACCAGCACCAGCACCACCACCAACCAACCACUACCACAGACAAAGAUCGCCCAUAAAGCCUUAACAGACUGUUGGGGAAAGUGCUGUUAGCUAGCACCUAAUGAAGGCCGGUACGGUGCACGAGAGGGGGGAAGGGGGGUGGCCAGCACCACUUCCGACCGCCUUUGUCUCCCUAGUGGCGACGUUUACACACCACACCAGGUACUCAUUCGAGGCGGAGUCGACCUAGGGGAGGCCCAUGACCGGUUCAGAUAAUCGUCACCGGUGUUGUCCGUGAGCGGAAAACGAACUCGGCUCGCCAGCGCACUAAUCGCUACACCACCGCUCCCCACCAACACCAUCACGACCACCACCAAACACCCGUGCCUGAUCGCAAGUGGCCAUUCACCCCACGCGUCUGUGCGCCCCGCUCCGGGGGAGGGGGGGGGGGGUACAUGACCGUCACGAUAUUCCUCAACCACCAGCACCACCACCCACACCACCAACCACCACCACUGUUACCACUGGCACGGUGACGGCCACGAUCCGAGGUGGUGGCGAGUUGUCUCAAGGGUCAGAGAAAACCGAGCUAAAGAUCCACCCACAGAUAAACUGGCCUCUCCACUCCGGUUGAUGGUCUCAGGCCGGUCACGAAUGACUGCGUAAGAAAUUACCACCGACACCACUACCACCGCAACCACCACCACAACCAUCGCUACCACCACCGCCGCAACCAACAUCACCACCACCACUAUCACUACCACCACCGCCACAACCAACGCCACCACUGCGACCAUCACCACACGAACCAACCACCAGAAGCCACGACCAUGGACCGGCGAGGGAUGCCCCCCAACUCGUCCUACGCCGCCGCCUCCCACGUCCCCCCCUCGCCGCAGCUCAACAUCACGGCGGGCGCCGCAACGUGUGCGGAGCCUUGGGACUUGCGAACGGUCGCCUACCCGGCGGUCUACGGCGCCGUGUUCCUGGUGGGGCUGGCGGGCAACGCGGCCGCCCUCUGGGUGUUCGCCUUCCGCACGCGCGCGCGGAGCGCCGCCACCGUCUACAUGGCCAACCUGGCCGCGUCCGACCUGCUCCUGGUGCUGACGCUGCCGUUCCACGGCGCGUACCACGCGCUGGGCGGGCACUGGGUGUUCGGCGAGGCGGCGUGCCGAGUCGCGGGCGUCCUCUUCUUCGGCAGCAUGUACGUGUCGGUCACGUCGCUCGCCCUCGUCGGCGUGGAGCGCUACCACGCCGUGCUGCACCCGACGCGGCGGCGCGGCUCCGCACGGCGGCCGCGGAACGCGCGGGUCGUCUGCGCGCUGCUCUGGCUCGUGCACGCGUGCGGCGCGGCGCGCGUGCUCGCCAUGGAGCACACGGCGCGCGUUCCCCCGAGGCCGUCGUUCCGCUCUCUGCGCCACGACUCCGCGUUACAGCAGCUGCAGGAUCAGCGGGGCUGGCGCAUCGCGUGCUUCGAGAGCCACUCGCGCGAGGUGGUGUACGCCAGCCUGCUCGGAUACGCUGUCUCCUUCGUGGCUCCGCUCGCCGUGCUCAUCUAUUGCUACGCGUGCAUCGCGCUCCGUCUCCGCGGCGGAGGUCCGGGGCAGCCGGGCGAGCUCGCGACGCUCGGCGGCAGCCUUAGCGGCGGCGGCGGCACAAGCCCGGCGCGAACGCACACGCGCGAGCGCUCGCUGCGAUCCGUGCGACUCACCAUGGCCGUGUUCGUGCUCUGCUACGUCCCCUUCCACGCCACCCGCGUGAUGGAGCUGCUCGUGCGCUACGCGGGGGACCCGUCGCUGGAUGGUCACUGCCGUCUGCUGACGGUGGCGACCGUCGCGCACCGCGUGGCUCUGGCGCUCAGCGUCACCAACGCCGCCCUGGACCCCGUGGUUUAUUACUGCACCGCCAGCUCCUUCCGCAGGGAGCUCCGCCAGAUGUUCGCACGAUGCUGCGCGCCGCGGCCAGCAUCAGCGGCGGCAGCCUCUGCCCAACAGACUGACUCCUACAAGUACCCCGUCUACUCGGCCGUCUACGGCAUCGUCUUCAUCAUCGGGAUCACGGGCAACUCGAUCGCGCUCUACGUCUUCCUGCACCUGACGAGGACGAAACUGGCCAGCACCAUCUACUUCAUCAACCUGGCCCUCGCAGACAUGUUCUUCGUGCUCAUUCUGCCGCUGCGCGUCGUCUACUACGUGCGCGACGGCGACUGGCCGUUCGGGGACGUGAUGUGCCGCAUCAGCUCGUUCGCCUUCUACGUCAACCUCUACGGCAGCAUCUUCUUCCUCACCGGCCUCAGUGUGACGCGCUACCUGGCCGUGGUUCACCCCGUGCGCUCGCUCAAGGCCGUCACGGCGCGGCGCGCGGUCAUCGCCUGCGUGUCCAUCUGGGUCUUCGUGGCGCUGCUCACCUCCCCGUUCCUGCUCAACGGCCAGCACGUCACGUCGAGCGGGAGGACGCUCUGCUUCGAGAGUAAGAGUGGCGGCAGCCUGGUGAUGAUAUUGGCCAUGAAUUACAUCGCCCUGGUGAUCGGAGUCCUCGUCCCGUUCGCGACCAUCGUCGCCUGCUACGUGGCCAUCGCGCGCACCCUGAUGAACUCCCCGAUGGCACAGCGCAGAGAUUCAAACGCGUGCAAGCGCGCCGUGCGGAUGAUCGUGCUGGUGCUGGCCGUGUUCGUGGUCUGCUUCAUCCCGUACCACGUGCAGCGCACGCUGCUGCUCCACAAGCUCAUCAACCGCCACAGCAGCUGCGACACGAAGCUCUACCUGCAGAAGUCGGUGGUGGCCACCGUCUGCUUCGCCGCCUUCAACAGCUGCCUCGACCCGCUCAUCUACUUCUUCGUCGGCGAGAAGUUCCGCGAACGGUUCAUGAGCGCCGUGCGGAGGCGCGCGCGAAUCACCUCCGCCACCAGCUCUGUCCGCUCCAAAGAUCCCCUCGCCAGAAGCACGACCAGGGAUGGCGCCAAGCUUCACAUGCAGCCACUCGAGGGCAGUCCUCAACAGAAGGAGGAGCCGCAAGAGGAGACCGAUGAGCGACAGACGUCUGAGUGAGACUCCGCACGCGGCCAGGGUUCAGCGACUGGAUACCCAACGCUGGCUGGGGAAACGAUAGAUACGAAUGAUUGCGUUUUACCGCAUCGAUAUCAGGCGUGCGUCGAUUGUUGUACCGUGCAGUCUUGAUCAAUCCACUGCUGGAUGAAGGCGCUCCCCAAGCCAUCCUGCUAUGUAAUAAUCUCGGCAUCCUAUCCACAUAACACAUGCACAGGAGCAGGUUUCAUCGCUGCAUCUCCUCGGUGAACCUAGCACAUACGAGCAUAUAUGCAACGAUUGCCGUCUUAAUGCGGAAUCCUUGACUGUUUUUAAUAUUGAACUCAAUAAAUAUGGGUCGCUGUUUUGUAUUGCUGUACGAAGGUUUACUGUACUUGCAUGUGUACAGCCUUUUUUGUCAAUUUUCUGGAUGAUUGCCUCCCCCAUGCCGUGCAGGUCGUUUAACCAUACUUCACCACGCUGGUCAGUGCAGGUUGGUGACAGCGGUGAGCAUUAACGUGGGAGCAGGAACUGGUGAAUGGGGUUGUACCCAGGACCAGUUUUGAUAUCACUCACCACUGAUCUUAGCCGUGGCCGGGAAUUGAAUUCGGGUCACUGGUUUCACGAUGCACCUCACUAACCAUCGCGCCAUUCCACUCUAUCACGCAAGCAUCAUCCACGAAUUUAAUGCAAUUUAGCAAACAUUCACGUCGCAACCUUCUAUAGCAAAAAUCUAUGAAAUCAGCACGCGAAAUGAGAAGCCUGCGACCCGC